CAAUCAUAAUGCCCGUCGUGUGAUGUUGGUGGCAAAAAAUGUCUCGAACUACUGCCCCCACCUCUUUACUCUAGUAAAGAGCGAGAACCUCCAAAGCCAAAGUGUGAAACAAAGAUCCUGAUCCCCUGUCUGCACUCCUGGUUUAGGAUAGACAAAAGAAAAACUCUAGUGAACUUAAUUUUAUCUUGGAGCUGAUACGAGAUGUUGAGGUUGACAUAGCAGUCUAUAUGACGAUCAAGAUAAAAAAGAGCAUUGCCUCUUUCUUGGACAACUUGUUCACAUCUGGCUAUGUCUCUUCCAAGUCCACCACUUCAUAAUUUCAUGACAUAGUGAUAAGAUUAAGAAACGAAACUGCCUACAACGCAGAUCUACUUCUACUUAUGCCGCUUGUAGAAUGAACCCGACUGCAUCUUCCGUAUCUAUCUGGUGGAAACAUCAACAGCGACAAAACAGAAGGAAGUUUGUUCAUAACAUCAAUUUCUGGAUGAACUUGAAAUUUUGUUACUCCACUAGUACUACCUCGAGAAUAAACAUCAACUCGAUUUUUACUAACGGCCGGUAUCGUACUUCCUUGCUCGUAUUUGGGCAGUUGUACUUCGCGUUGUCAGUAACAGAAAUCCUUCGACGAGCCGCUCUCUGCGAGCAAGCUCUUACUAGUGCAGCCUCGCGUCGUGCUGCUGCCCGCAACAAGCUUUCUCUAACUUCUAAUUCAUUCCCGAAAAUAAGAUGGCCGAUUCAGUCUGGGACAAUUUCGAUGCCGACUUUGAGUCUGCGCCACCACCGAUGAAGCCGCAGCAGCCUGGUAUGCAGUGCAAAAGUAAGUGGUACUAUCGCUGUUAUGCCUUUGUAGCAGGAGGAAUUGCAUGACAAAUUCACUUUUUCCCCGAAGAAGAGAAAGUCGUAUAAAUUUCUCAUGCGCUUGCGCGCACCAGAGAAAAAAUAAAAAAUGAUUUGUGAAUAUGCGAGAGCGAUGUGUAGUACUUUUGCAAACCAUACCUGAUCUCCUCGCCACUGGUGGUGCAGCUACAUCCUUCGCCGCGUUAUGAAAGUGCACAACUCCCUCGCCUCCCCCUCAUUUGUAAUACAACAGCAUGAACGGCAAUAGUGCAAGCAUCAGUAAGAGUGCCGGUUUUGCAUGACAGAUUUGCGCUGGAGUGUAGUGCCCUUUGUGCUACCAGAACUUGUCAUACUAACAGUGCCAUCAAGAGGCAAAGCGUCGAUUGGGUCUUUUGCGUGAGAAAUGAGAACGAGGGGGAGUUGUGCACUGUCAUACGCGUUCGACAAUGUCGACAACCAGAGCACGACGUCAGCCAGUGGAAUAUCAAAGGUAAAAAUAUCUGGGUCUGGAAGACUUCGAGACUUGUCAUGCUGCUUUUCCAUGACCCAUGAGGUCUGGAAUGCAGGACCUCGCAUGACAGAUUCUGCGAGACCUUAUUAAUGCUUAUCCUGCAUGAGAAACUACCUCCCGACUUGGUCAAAACUGGACGACUUUUGGCAAUCAUGCAACACAGAUUUUUGCAUGCUGCAGAUUUAGCAUGACAAGUUGUAAUCUUCCAGACCCAGACAUUUUUACAUUUUAUAUGGAACCGAGAGCCUCGGUGGAUUUGGAAUGAUGAGCGACAGUAUGAUAAAUCCAGCGGAAAACGGCGGUUUCGGCGUUACUGCCACAGGAAACAACGGCUUCGAUAGCCUUCCAUCUUCGAACGCGUUCGACAACGCCUUUGACACGUCAAAUUUUUCGACCGGCUUGACACCCAUGGGCGGUGGGGCCGACGAUGCAGCUUCGGCCAAUUUCGGCUCUUUUCCGCCAACUUUCGGGUCGUCAGCCAACGGGGAAAUCGUUGGUGGGGUUAGCAGCGUGAAGCUCCUGGAGCUUGAGAAGACGGUAAGUAUUUUUCUAGAUCUGUUGCGAUUGUGUUUUUCUUUUUAUCACCGUUGUAUGAAUUUUUAAGCAGACCUCUCGCACCAGGAGAACAUCAUCUUCGUCCUCGUUCACCAAGCUCUAUGUGUCCACCUCACAUGCUCUUUUGCGUUUUAGUCUUAGUUUCAUUGAUGGCCAACCUUUAAGUUUCAACACUGACUCCCCGUAGAAGUAUCUUCACGACACUAGCACUACAAAAAGCAGAAAGAAGUACAACCCUACUUCUAUCAGGUAACCGACCUGCAGUCGCAACUCUCCCGCACCCAGUCCGAGCUCUCGCAGACCCAGUAUGACAGUGCACAACCCCCCCUCCCCCUCAUUUGUAUAGCAUGAACGGCAAUACAAGCAUCAGCAAGAAUGCCGGUUUUGCAUGACAAAUUUACACUGGAGUGUAGUGCUAUUUGGGCUACUCCAGAACUUGUCAUGCAAACAGUGCCAAUAGGCACAGCUUGCAUUUGGGAUUUUGCAUUACAAAUGAAGGGGAGGGGGAGUUAUGCACUCUCAUACCCAGACCCAGCUUUCCAACGAAAAACAGCGGUCGAAUUCCGAAAUGGAAACGCUGAAAGAGAAAGCGAGAAACGCUCUGCAGCUGAAAGAGAAAGAGCUAGAGGAAGCGCGAUCCACUUCCACCUCGCAGGCGGCAGCCGCUUCUGGGAUAUGCAUCGCAAAUAUGUCCGGGUCUGGGAAGUUGUGAUGCACUACGAUGGCUGAACUACGCUCUUGAAUGUGCAGCCGCGCAUGACAAAGUUUUGAGCUGCUAUGUGCUGCGUAACUCGCAUGGCAAAUUGCGUUUGUGCAUGACAAGCAAAAAGAGGUGCUUCUCCUACUCAUGCAUCACAGAUUCAAGAGGCAUGCCAGACAAGCAUGACAAACUUGCACCUUUCCAGACCCAGACACUUUUGCAGUUGAUUUGGGAGGACGCAGAGUAACUCCUCUUUAACCGACGAGCAGUGGCAGCAAAAAGUGGACGAAAUAAAGGAGAAGGCGAGAGCGAAUAUCAAAUGCAAAUAUGUCUGGAUCUGGAAGGUUGCAACUUGUGAUGCUGCAUUUGGAUGCUACAAAAAUCUGUAUUGCAUGAACAGCAAAAUAAGAGGGUCAGUUUUUGCCACGGCGAGAGGGUAUUUCUCAUGCGGUAUCGACAUGAGGAAGUCGUCACAAAAUCUGUGAUGCUAGGGUAUGCGUCACAGAUGUCAGGAGUCACGCAAACGGUGCAUGACAAACUUUGCAUCCUUCCAGAUCCAGACAUAUUUGCAUUUGAUACCGAAAUUCCAGGAGCAGAACGAAGAAUGCGAAAUGAUCAAGACGAAAGCAAGAGAGGCCCUGGAGAUGCGAAAUACGAAGAUCGCAGAACUCGAGAAACAGCUCGCAGAAGCUAAUAGUGCGGGAGCCGCAGCUGCAAGUACUAGUGCAGGAACUCCAAGUGGUGGUGGUCCGAGCGAAGAAGAAAUACAAAGCCGAAUCUCCGAGGCGGUAAAAACCGCGGUUUUGGCCACAAAAUCCGAGGCAGAAGCAGAGCUGCUACAUCAGCAAGACCAGAUUCGAACUGCGAAGGAUGCGGAAAUAGCCACGCUAAAGUCCGCGCUCGAAACCGCGAAGGAAGAAGCUGCAGCUGCGGCGGUGAAUAGUACAACUUCUUCUAGUACUAGCCUCCAACAGCAACAGGACCAGUUGGACGAUUUGCAACAGAAAUUGCAGGAAAAAACGAGUGAAAACGAGCAAAUCAAGGAGAAAGCAAGGAGCAAAAUCGGGGAAUUAACGGAGGAAGUGGAGACGGUGAAACAAAAGGCGCGCGAGAGGAUAGAGCAGGACAGCACGAAGAUUGUGGACCUGGAGCAGAAACUGGCAGCAGCGUCUGCUGAUAGCAGCAGUAGCAGUUCCUCCCUCGACGAGAUCAAGCGAAAAUCGGACGAGCAGAUAGCCGAAUUAAUGGCGGAGUUGCAGAAACUAAAAAACGAAUCGGCGCAAGAAAAGCAGCAAGCCGACGAGCUUUUGCAGGCCACGAAGCAGCGCUUGGAGGAACUGCAAGCGCAGUCACAGACCGCAGCGUCGGAACUUUCUAUGGACUGUAAUAAGUUGUACUAUAUCGUACUGAGAUAGUUGGAAUUGCAUUACAAAUUUGCUCAGCAUUUUUGCGAAAUGAAAUUUCAAUUUGUAAUGCUAUUUUACCUAUAGGAACGAAGGACAUUUGUGAUGCAUAUCUGCAAUUCCAAUUGUGCUACGAGUGCGAUGCUUUUGUUAUGCAUACUUUCCAGCGAAUUGCAGCAGCAGCUGAACUAUCAAAUGCAAAAGUGUCUGGGUCUGGAAGGAUGCAAGGUUUGUCAUGUACAUUUUGCAUGACCCAUGGUGCUUGUAAUGCAUGAGCUAGCAUCACAGAGUUUUAGCAAGCAUCCUGAUGCCUAUUCCGCAUGACAAAUGCCCCUCUCGCGUAGCACAAACUGGACUCCUCUUCCUAUUCAUGCAAUACAAAUUUCUUUAGGAUCCGAAGACAGCAUCACAAGUUCCAUCCUUCCAGACCCAGACAUAUUUGCAAUGCAUAUGAACGACAAGCAGCAGGAGGUGGACACCAUCAAGGAGAAGGCUAAGCAGAGGAUAACCGACUUGACCGAGGAAAUCGAGCAGACGAAGGAGAAAGCCCGCGAAAAAAUCCAGCAAGACGCCACGCGGAUUCAGGAACUGACCGCGGAAUUGGAAGCCGCGAAGGAGAAGGUGGUUUCCUCGGACACGGACAGCAGCCUGCAGAAAUAUCCUGUGCAAAAGUAUCGCACUCGUCGUCAUUGCAUUUAUGCAUUACAAAACUCCAUCCCAAGGUAAAACAGAAUGACAAAUUCCAUUUGUCAUGCUGAGGUAAUUUGUAAUGCAAUUGCUACAAGUGCGAUUAAAUUAUACUUUUGCUAUGCAUAAGAAAUCCGAACUGGCCAUGCUGCAGCAGGGGAAACAAGAUCUGGAACAGAAACUCGCGACCCUGACGACAAAGAUGGAGGAAGCGCAAAACGAAGCAACAGGCAAGCUCGCGGAGCUGCAGGCCGCAUUGGCCGCGAAAGACGAGGCGCUACAGCAGGCCGUCGCCGCACAAAGCUCCUCCGCGGAAGAAGUAAGUGCGCAGUUGGCCGAGAAAAGUGCCGCAGUUGAGCAGAAUAUUGACAGGAAAAAUCCCCUCACCCCAUAUCAAAACGAAGUUUCUGAUGCUGGAUUUCCGUACACAGAUCAGAGCUGUCUUGCAGUAGAGGACUGCAGGCAGAUGCCGUGCCUGAGUACAGAGCUUCUGACGUGUACGCUUAGCAUCACAAAUGUCUAUGCUUUAGCCCAAGCAGCAUCACAAACCGCCCGCAUAAUGCGGCGGAGACUGUAGAGUUGCCUUCUUGCAAAACAAAAAGAUUUGUGGUCACAAAUCAGCAUUACAAAUUUUCUGAGAAGUACCUUUUUGAUAGGGGGAGGGAGGAUUUUCCUUGGGAUACAGAAAGAGCACGAAUUAGAGGAGUUGAAGCAGAAAGCCAAGGGGAAAAUCUCUGAGCUGAGCGAAGAGCUGGAACAGGUGAAGCAGAAGGCAAGAGAAAGGAUCGAGCAAGACGCAGGUAAACUGCAACAGGCGGAAGAGGAUUUAGAGAGUACGAAUUGCAAAAGUAGAUCGUACUAGUAGAAAUCGCAUGACAAAUUUCCUCAGCAUGAGAAAUGGAAGUUGUCAUGCAUAUUUACCUUGGGAACGAGAUUUGUGAUGCAUGACUGCGAUUACAACUACGGGCACGACACUUUUGCAGUGGAUAGAAAAGUUGAAACAAGAACUCGCCGCGAAGGACGAUCAAGCGUCCGCCGCAACUGCGACCGUGGAGGGGCAACUCUCUGAGAAAUCAGAACUUUUGCGGCACCUGGAGGAAAAGCUUGAGAAGGAAGAAGAGAAAGCAGCCGAACUAAAAGCAGAAAAUGCGGAUUUGUCCCAGAAACUCGACGACCUGGCGACGGCAAACGAGCAGAGCCGGGCGUUACAGGAAUCCGGUUUGAAGGAAAAGAUCGAGGAAGUGACACAACAGCUGGAGCAGCGAGACGUGGAGUAUCCUGUGCAAAAGUAUCGUACUCGUAUAAAUGCAUAUACAAAUUCCCUCAGCGUGAGAAAUAAAAUUUGUCAUGCGGAUUUACCUUAGAAAAAAAUUUGUAAUGCAAGAUUUGCAUUUGUGCGAGGCGAUACUUUUGGAGUGCAUAUGGAGGUCGCCGAACUGAAGGAAAAAGCGAAGGCAAAGAUUCUGGAAUUGACGGAUGAGUCCGAAACAAUAAAACAGAAAGCGCGGGAGGCGCUGGAGCAAAAGAACGAGCAAAUACAAACGUUGGAAGCGGAGAUAAGUGCGGUAAAAGCGGAAGGGACGACGGCGACACAGGAACUGAAGGAGGAAAUGGACCGAGUCCUGGAGACCAAAAAACAGGAGCUAGAGCAGGACUUCAGCACCCAAAAAUCCGCGAUCCAGCAAGAAAAAGCCGAGAUGGAGGGCAAGUUAGAGGCUAUGGAGGAGCAGCUUGAGAAGGUGAAAACGGAAAUAGCGGCGAAAAACGGCACGAUAAGUAUCAAAAGCAAAUAUGUCUGGGUCUGGGAGAUUGCGAAGCUUGUCAUGCUAAGUACUCUGGCAUGACUCUGGAUUCUGUGUUGCGUGGGCGCACAGAGCUCCUCUUGCCUGUCAUGCAAGAACGCAGUUUCUCAUGCGCAGUACGCAACUCAGAACCACGGAAACGAAAACUUGUCAUGCUGGGCAGCGCAUUACAGUGCUUCACUAUUCCCUUUCUUGCAUCACAAGUUUCCAGACCCAGACAUAUUUGCAUUUGAUAAUAAGCGAGCUGGAACAAAAAGUCGAGAAUUUUGAGAAAACGGGGUCGCAUGCCAGCAGUCGGGUGAGUGAAUUAUAUCCUGAGUAAAACCUACGUCCCCACCUCCCCAGAGCUGUGUUGCAAAUCUGCAUUUGCUCAGAACAUCUGUCAUGCUGGUCCACCGCAUGUUGGCGGGCAUUUCCAUUCUCCAAUCGUGUUUGGCAAUUUAUUGUCAUGCGCGAAUCACGAUAAGAGACCGGAUUUGUGAUGCGUCCGGGCUAUUAUACCUAUGCAAGACUAUGUUACGUCCAGAAACUUGUCAUGCGCCAGCGCCAAAACUUCAACUUGUGGAUUUGUCUAGCAGAUUUUUUUUUCCAUCUUGAUAGAUUAUGGGGAGGUGGGGACAUUUUUACUCAGGAUAAAUUAGAAAACGAACUCAAGGAGAAAGAGGACGAGACAGAGGAGAUCAAGCAGAAAGCUACGCAAGAAAAAAACUGUGUAAGUGUAAAUCUGUGAUGCAGAAAAUGGAAAACAGUUUACACUUGUCAUGCUUGACAUGCAUGAUCGGCUCGCUUCGUAGGUGUUUUCCCUUCCUAUCUGCGCAUCACAAGUUUUUCCUGUCAUGGCAGACAAACUUGUGAUGCUGUUUUCCCAAAAGACAACACUAACACAGUUUUUUUCUUGCAUAAAAGCGCGGGAGCGAAUAGAAGAAAUGUCCACCGCGAAUGAGGAAAUUAAGGUACUCUAGUACGUUGUGGUUUUUUUUUGUCAUGCAGCACAAGCAGCGGGGCUAGCACGGAGUCAUUCUUUACAGGAUCACUUCUUUACCAUGCAGAGUGACAUUAGACACGACGGCGCUCAGCACACUGCCUUAUCUAACAGGACAUCUCCGCCUAUUGUCACCUCGUGAAUGCUGUUAUGCUGCAUGGUGUACCACGUAACAAAGAUACCAUACUGAAAGCACAUGCACGACAAGGGCUGAGCCGCAUGAUUUCUUGUGUGGUGCAGAAAGAUUUUUAUCACGUGUAGACGCAACGUAUUAAAACUACCCUGAAAUUAUAAACUACAGGCUAAAGCGCGGGAAGCCCUGGAGCGGAAAGAGCAGGAACUUGAUGAGAUGCGGGGAGAGAACGAAACCUUCAAACAGCGCGCAAAGGAAAUGAUAGAAAAAUACAAGACGGAAAUCGAGGAGUUAGAGAGCAUAUGAAGUGCAAAAGUAAAAGUAUCGUUUACUACGUUGUAUGAACUGCAUUACAAAUCAAGAGUAGCGCAACACAUUGCCUUAGCAUACCAGAUUAGAUUUGCAGUGCGGAUUCGCCUUAAGAAAGAGAUUUGUAAUGCAGAAACGCGAUUAAAAAUACUACGAGUUUACGAUGCUUUUGCGUUGCAUACAGCAAGCAGACCAACGUGGAAGAGAUACAGGUAUUUUAUCCUGUGCAAAAGUGUCGUACUCGUGGUAAUCGCAAUCAUGCAUGCGGAAUCCUAGCAUGACGGCGCUCUAGACCGAGGCUAGUCCAAUGCACCGGGCUAGGAUGGGUCGCAGUGCCCUGGACGUUUGGCGCGGCCUAGCGUGGGGCAAAUCGUUUUGCUUUGUUUUUCCUCAUGUUUUCCUCAUGCACUACCCUAGUCCGGGCCUUGCGCGAGUUUGCGAAGCUAAUUUUUGACAUGCUAGGCCCAAACGCUGCGGCGGACUCGCCUAGGCUAGGACAGUGACCCGAGGCCGCCUAGCCUAGGGCGUAGAGCGCUAGUUUUUGCUUCUGUCCUGUUGGCUUUUCGUGUGCCAGCUUCGUUCUUGGGGGCCUUUCGGCAGAUGCGCCGGCCUUCGGCGUUGCUUUGUCUGGUUGACGUUCAGGGGCCGGACCGCGCAAACCCAGGGACGCCGCACAGCGGGGCGGCAGGCCAAGGAAUGGCGUGCGGCAUGUUCUUGGCGCGGCCGGGCCAUUGGGAACGCCCAAGCAAGACCCGAGCGGGCCCGUGCCUCUUUUCUUGCCUGCGAGUGUGUGCGCGCGGCAUCGGUGCGGUGGCCCUGUCCCCCGGCGGGCGCAGGUCUGCCCCUGCCGCGUGUUGCUUGUGUUUCUUUGACCGCCAGGCCCCCGCACCAGGAGGCGCCCGCGCCUCCGACUGGGACCGUCGCCCGCGAUGGCGCCGCCGAACUCGUCCCGCACGCAGCCCGCCGCGGCUGCUGUGAGUGUGUGGGCACCCCCCUAAGGCCCCACGCACCGGCCGGCGCAGGGCGCGCGGCGUUGCUUGGCUGUGGUGGCUGCGUUGCGCGGUGACCCCUGAUGUGGCUACCCUCCGCCCCCCCCCCCCCCCCCAUAACAGCACCCACCAGCACAGGCGGGCGCCGCCUACCUUGGUGGCUGUGCGUGGUUGUGUAAAAGCAUGGGCCCGCGCCGGGGGCGGGCGCUUCCCUUCGCACGUUGUGAGGCCUGCGGGGGUGCCCGCUGCUUGUUUCCCCUGCGCCCAAAGGGGGCCCCCAGCCUUGGUGCCCCGCGCAAUGUUGUGUUUGCUUGCGCGCCAGCACGUCGGCGCGCACUUUGUUCUUUUCCCCACGCCGGGCGCCCCAGUGUGAUUAGAUUCGGCUUCUCGCCUGAGCUAUGUGGCGUUCCGUCUGCGUCUGAAAGCAAGCGCGCGGCUUUUUUUCGCAAGCUUGCAGCGCAGCUCUGUUGUCGCGUUUCUUUUUCGCGCGCUUCGGUCCAUGGGCAGAGAAGCGCGCCGGCCCCCUCGUUCGUUGCUUGCUCAUGCGUGACAAUAUUGCGCAUCCUGAUAGCCAAGCAGAAGUUUUUUGCCUUUGCUUUUUUAUUUAUUCGGUCCCAUAGCGCUUGCUCUUGCUCUUUGACAACACAGCGACUCUGUUUCACGGCCAUGACGUACACAAAUACGCACUGCAAAACACAAAAAGCGCUGCAGUUUUGUGGCAGUCACCACCCUCGCGCAACUACCAGCGCCAGGCACUAGAGCAAUUCCUGUUCUCUUUUGCGACUGCUUUUUGCUUCGGUUUUUCCCUCAUCCGCUUGCGGGCCUAGCGUGUACUUAUGUGUAAAUGCCUAGGGUGGGUCCUGCGAGAGAGUUUGAAGCACUUGCAUAAUCCGUCAUGCUCGGUCUUUUCUUUUGCAGUCUUGUAUAAACAUAUUGAAAUUCCCGUGCGAAGUGCGUGCUUCUCAUGUUGCACACGCUAGGACAGCAAUUUGCAAAUUUUUACAACCAUACUUUGUACCACUCUAGUCCAUGACCCACCCUAGGACACUGCAUGCAUUACAAAUCUCCAUCUUAACCUAAAUCCGCAUUACAAAUUCCAUUUUUCAUGCUGAGGGAAUUCGUCAUGCGAUUUAUACUAGUACGUGUACGAUGCUUUUGCAUUUCAUAUGCGCGCCGUGGUCCAGAGCAUGCCAACUCUUUACCAUAAUCCGCAUGAAAAAUUUCUUCCAUGAUCUGUUUCUGCUGUAAAUGCAUCAUGCCAUGGGCAUGACAAAGACGAUAAAAUUUUUUUGAAUUUUUUCCACUUCAUCAGGCCACGCUCCGACAGAAGCAGGUUCAGCUCGACGACAUGGAGGCGAAAACUUUAUCCACAGUAGUUGUAUAAAACUCCUCCCGUACUGGUCACGUACAAAAAAUGCUGGCUCUGCAUGACAAAACACUUCAUUUCCACAUUCCUGAUGUGGAGCAUGACGAAGGUCAUUUAUCGAGUGGCAGUGAAAAAAUCUGUGAUGCAUAGAUAUACGUGAUGUUGUACGUGGUAAACAAAUUUGUAUUGCAUAAACGACCCUGCAAGCCGACGAACUUCACAGCAAAGAUGAGCAGAUCGCAAAACUGCGGCACGAGAAUCAAUCGGAGCUGGAGCAACUGCGGUUAUGCACUGCAAAAAAUAUGUCAUCUGUGAUGGAAGAUUUGAAUGACUGCAUGAUGCAACAAGAGCUUCUGGAAAUGCGUGAAUCAAUAGGAGUGCACCUUAGCCUUUCAUUUUCUGUCGCGCUGGAUGCAGGUAGAUUCGCUGGCUAAUUGAAAACAUUAUAUGAAUUCGGACACUCGCAACAAGGAAGCCGAAGAUGAAAUCUUGUUUUGCUGCCAUGAUGUAGUUUCUGUGCAAGAAACGGCCCUCCUGUCAUUCAAGAACCACCAUGACCAGACCCAGACAUAUUUUUUGCUUUCGAUAGCGGUCGCAAAUAAGUGAAUCAGAUAACCGCUUUAGCUAUGACAUCGCAUACAGUUUCCCAACCACCGCACCUCCUCCUCGCACCAGAGGCUCGUCAGAAACAUUUGUGAAGAAAGUGCAGGCCCUGCAUGACAAACUGAUUUCAUUUCGGGGCGAUUGAUGUAGUUUUGUUGGCUAUUUGGUUUCCCUUUCCGUUUCAAAAUAGUACUUAUUCGGAACUACUGGGUCAUGUUGUCAUGCAUGCAAGUGCUAGAAGAUGAACCACAGGUAAAGAUGAAGAUAGAAACGAGGAUGAAAUCGUCAUCUUCAUUCUGCAUUUUUACCAAGUUGAAGGAGGAGGCUACAAAGGAGGUACUGGGUUAUUUGUGCACCUUCAUACUCGCCUAUCCAAGAAAAAAACUGUGUUAGUGUAACUUUCUUUGGCUGACAGCAUCACAAGUUUGCUCUACAUGACAGAGAAAACCUGUCACGCAUGGCUUAUAAGGGAAAACACAGCUGAAAAGAGGACUUCGUGGUUGUCUGGCAUGACAGAUGUAACUCUGUUGCAUGUUCUCCAUUACAAAGUUACACUUACACAGUUUUUUUCUUGCAUAUCGCCAAUCCCAAGCGAGAAUCCGCGACUUGGAGUCUUUUAUGCAUUGCAAAAGUACUUCUAUCGUAUCAGUUGCACUUCUAGUGGUAAUUGCAUUACAAAGUUGCUCACCAUCUUCACAAAUGGAAUCUGUCAGCGUCACAAAUGGAAUGGAAUUUGUCUUCAUGAUGAUGUAGCUCCUUCAAGGAACUACCCUUCCCAAGGCUUGGGAAGAAGAUUUGUAAUGCAUAGCUGCAAUUAGUAGUACUCCCCGAGAGAUCUGAAACGAGCACCGCCCGAGACUUUACUGGGUGAAUAUCUGAAACAGCUAAAAGAUAACUCUUUUUGAAUUUUUGCAGCGCGCGCAAGCUUGCGCUGCCGGGGGGCUUCGCCCUCCCCACGCUCGCGAAAGGUUUUGGACUUUACCCCGCCUCUUCGGCUUUUUCUUCCAUUGCGUGCAGUGUAGCCUCGGCAGGCGAUUCGUUAGUUUUCCCCGCCGCCGGCUCGCGUGCUGAUGUGGGCGCCCUUGGGUUGUUUUCCGUUUUUUUUGUUGCUCGCGUGGCGCGGGUUUCCAUGUCUGAGCUAAGGCGAGCGGCUCCGCGGUGUUUUGUGCUCUAUAUAUUUUGCCGGGGCUUUUUGUGCCUUUUUGCUAUUCUAUGGCAGCAGGAACAUGAACAACAGUCCGCCCCUGCAGUUGGCGCCCUUUUGUUCUUUUUCGUGUCGAAAUUUUUGCCGCUGCUCUUUUUUUUUUUUCGUUAGUAAAUAUUGCCCCGCUAGCACAUAGGAUAGCCCGCGGCGCUUGUGCCUUUCCGUGCCUUUUGGUAGCGUGCCUGCCAGCGCAAACAACCGCGGGCCGUUUUCCGUGUUGCAUUGGCUUUUGCCGUUUUUCUACUAGCUGCUCGAGCAUGUUUGCCGCAUUUUUGCACUGGCCCUCGCCGGUCUGUGCACUUCCCGGCCCCCUCCGCGUAUUUUUGUGGGCCAAACCACGCUGCGCCGGUUGUCUGUGUUUUUCGCACUUUCCUUCCAGAGCUAGCGGCGCGACUGUUUCGCGUAAGUGCCCUGCAUUAGCAACAAGCUAGGCUCUUCGUUGGUUUUCCAUGUAAUGUAAUCCCGGAGGCCGGUUCGGCGUGUCAGCCAGCGGCCUGCUUCUUGGUGUGGGCAUUUUUCUGAUGUUUUUCGCUUUGCGCGCUGACCGCAUGGCGUUUAUCUUCAUGCCCGGGCGCAGAGGAGUGACGCGGCAGCGUUUUGCGCUCCUUUUCUGCAAGUGUGCGGCUUUGUCUUUGUUAUCCUUUUUGCGCUGCAGCGCCAGACCCGAUUUACCAAGGAAGCACAAGAGGCGCCGCAGUUGCUAAGGUUCUGCGCUAAGGUUGGCGACGUUGUCCAUGUUCUGCCUUCGUCUUCCUUUUUUGGUGUCUUUUCGCUGCUUUUUUGCCGUACUUCGCUCAUUUUGUUGCGUUUUUGUGUCUUUUCGAGCUACGCGGAGCCUUUUCGGCGCAUUUUCUUUGGGCCUAAAAACGAACAAACUGCCUGGGGAUGAUUAUUCUCGCCGCCUUUUUGCCGUAUUUCAUUGGGUCACCCUGCCGCGCUUUUGCGCCUUUUGAAACUGAAGGAAUGCUCUUUGACACAUUUCGGCCCUCAGAGCGGCCAAACUGUCUGGAAUUGGCCUGGCGGGUGCGAUACAUAGCGCCACCGCUCUACGGGCUUGCUUCUGCAAAAUCACGGGCGCGCGCCUUGUUGCGCUUUUGUGUCUUUUUGGAGAAUUUGCAAAGUGUUGCACUUUUUCGCCUAUUUCGAUGGCCUUGCGACGUUUUUGCCUUAGCUUGGGUCUUUUGGUACAUUUGCACACUUUUCGAGCUAACUAAGUGAAGCCCAUGGCCCACAUGUGUCGCAUUUGCGGCUUUUUGACUUAACAAGACCAGCUCUGCGCUGUUUUUCCUCGCAUUUGGGUCCUUUUGCUGUGUUUUUGUGCUUUCCCACGAUCAUUUUGCUGCGUUUUUGGGCCUUUUUUGCUGAUUUUUGCGGAAUUUGAGCACUUUCGACACAUUUCGGGCCUCAAAAAGUCCGAGCCGUCUGCUUUUGGCUUUACCCGUGGGUCAUUGCCAGCGAACGCGCUGCAGCGCUUUGCAAAAACACCGGCGCCCGCUUUGGUCUGUUCUUGGCUGGUCGUGGUUAGUGUGCAAAUGGUCGCACUUUCUUGCUUAUUUUGAUGGUUUUCCGACGUUUUUGUCUUAGUUUGCGUUUUUUUGGGCGUAUGUGCACUUUCCAGGCCCAACUAGGUGAAGCCCACGGCCCGAAUGUUGCGCGUUUUUGGCUUUUUGGCUUAACAAGAGCAAUUUUGCUGCAAAAUAGGACUACUUAACUGCCAUCAAAGAGGCGCGCUCUUUCUUUACAAAGAGUGUGACCUCGUUGCCAUCGGCACGCGGGUCGCCGUGGUUUGGGUUGUUUUUCGUUGGUGUGCAAAGUGUUGCGCUUUUGUGUUUAUUUCGAUGAAUUUGCGUCCUUUUCUUCUAAGUUUUCGCUUUUUUGCGCAUCUGCGCAAUUUUUAGGAUUAACUAGGUGAAGCCAUCGUGCGCAUUUUCGUCGUUUUUGUUCUUUUUGACUUAACAAGGCCACUUUUGCACUAAGAUGAUUUCACUUAGCUUCAAAAAGGUGCACUUUUACCUUAAGAAAAUUGGCAUUUUUUUUUGCAUGUAAUGCAUGUUUGCAAUACAAGUUAGAGACGAUAGCGGUACUUUUGCAGUGGAUAUCUUUGGUGAAGAUGCAACAGCAGAACCAGAAGAACGUAUUCAUGGAUUUUGAUAAGAUGCGAGCAAGGGGUUAGUUUUGUUUGUCAUGCAAGAUUUCUCAUGACGUACAUGAUUAUUUCUCAUGCGUGUAUCUAUGCCAUCGCCAUGUUGAUGAGCUACAUCAAAAAAUUUCCGAAUUGUACAGGAGCGCGAACAGGAGAUUGAGGUGUCAAGGCUUCUCCACCUGUUGCUCGACGAAUACUCCGGGGAGGUCAUGCUCGGCGAGGAAAGAGGAACGCCCUUUAACCUGUGUAAAAGUACUACCGUACUACAACUCGUAGUACAACUUGUGGCAGUCCUGCAUUACAAAUCUUUGUCUGCAAGUAAAAAAUCCGCAUGACAAAUCCCAUAAUUUCCCAUUAUGCUGAGGAAAUUUGUAAUGCAAUUCCUGCUAGUACUGCGUGUACCACGAUAGUACUUUUACAAUCCAUACCUUAUCUGCAGCAGCUAGGCCGCAUUAUUGAAGAAACGGUGUCGAUACACCAGAGACAAGGUACGAAAAUGCCUAUGAUGCGUUCCUAUGCAUGACAGGUUUGUGUUGUAUUGGGUUCCUAUGCAUGACAGGUUUGUGUUGUAUUGGGUUCCUAUGCAUGACAGGUUUGUGUUGUAUUGGGUUCUACUCCUACAUCAGAAAUCACAAACAAAAAUUAUCAUGAAAAAUCCUCCAGUGAUCGAAACGCGGCAAGUUUCCGGGGCUCGCGACCAACUCCGGCAGGAGAACCUGAAACUAACCUUAUCCUGUGCAAAAGUUCAAAUAUCGAUAAAACUGGAUAAUUCUAGGUCGAGAUCGAGCUGCAGACCACUUCUAGGUCGACAUGCAUAGGCGCAUACAACUUCUAGGUUACAUACUUCAUCUAGGUCGACGUCGUGUGGUUUUCUCCUACUAGGAGAAGUACCUGAAGUACUAGCAUUGAAUUUUUUAUAUAAAUUCCAUUGAUAACUUAUUCAAUCAUGCCGAGCAGGAAUCAACAAAAUUUGUCAUGCAAAAAUUCUUUCACUAGUAUCGUAUUUACUUUUGCAGAGGAUACAGGCGGGACGUGAAUGAUUUGCAGCGGGAGUUGGCGAAUUCGGGGUUUUUCGCGACGGUGUCCAAGGUCGGCUAUGAGAGCUCACAACUCCCCCUGUUCCCCCCGAGCUGUACCAUCCGAAAUGAGCAGCAAUACAAACGCCACCACAUGUGGAGCCUGUGCAUGACAAAGUCAUGCGCACCCUCGUGUAGAAGUACUGUUUGGGCCUGCUCCGGAUGA